GGACUAUAAAUUCUGGACAGCUGCCCUGGACUGCCAUCAGCUGUUUGUUUCAGCAGCAAGCAGUUAGUAUCCGGAGACAUGAGGCUGUUGUGGGCUGUAGUUCUUGUAGCGCUGCUCUCGGUUCGUCCGAACGAGGGCAUACGGACACCAAAACGACUACGAAGAAGUAUCGCUAUCAUAGAUGAGCUUGAAGCGCUGAAAGGGAAGGUACGGAAAUUAUUAGAGCUUGAAGGGCUGAAAGCGAAGGUACAGGAAUUAUCCGACCAGGUUCACAAGAUCCAAGAGGAAAGCCAUGGGGUGCACAUCCACAUAGGUAAUGACUAUCAAGAGAAGAUUCACCACGAUGAGAAGCACAACAAGGGAGAUCAUCAUGACACCGACCACCACAACGGAGAUCAUCAUGACGACACCGAACAUCACAAUGGAGAUCAUUCCGGAGAUCACAAUGACGGCACCGAUCAUUCCGGAGAACACCACGACAACACCGAUCAUUCCGGAGAUCACAAUGUCGGCACAGAUCAUUCCGGAGAACACCACGACAACACCGAUCAUUCCGGAGAUCACCAUAAUGACACCGAUCAUUCCGGAGAUCAUCACGACGACACCGAUCAUUCCGGAGAUCACCACGACGACACCGAUCAUUCCGGAGAUCACAACGACGACACCGAUCAUUCCGGAGAUCACCAUGACGACACCGACCAUUCCAGAGAUCACCAUGACGACACCGAUCAUUCCGGAGAUCACCACGACGACAAAGAUCAUUCCGGAGAUCACCACGACGACAAAGAUCAUUCCGGAGAUCACCACAAUGACACCGAUCAUUCCGGAGAUCACCACGACGACAAAGAUCAUUCCGGAGAUCACCAUGACAACGAAGACCACCACGACAACGAUAGACAUUACCCAAAUGCUCAACACAUCUACCUCAACAUGAAAGUUUCAGGUGGAUGUUCCAAGCCACAUGAGCCAGACGUACAUGUGGAACAAGCUCUACACGCCCACUGCGAGGUGAUGCCAAAUAUACAGACUCCAGGCCUUGCAUACAAAGUCAGAGGUCACAUAGAACUGACUCAACAGCCCCAUGAUGACGAAGUGAAAAUCAUCUACAAACUCAGGAAUCUGAAGCCACACGCUCGGCAUGGUGUUCACAUUCAUGAGAUAGGUGACAUGACGCAGAGCUGUAAUUCCAUUGGAGGACACUACAACCCUACCCACAAACAUCACGGAAAGCGUGGAACUCCUGACAGCCACGUUGGAGAUCUUGGAAACAUUGAAGGCAAUGAUCAUACAUUAUAUGCACACACUCAAAAGAUCCACGGUGACUUACAUGACCUCAUUGGACGUUCUAUUGCCAUUAAUGCUGGAGCUGAUGACAGCCAUGGUAGCCAUGGUGGUCCAGUAGCGUGCUGUGUCAUUGGACGUAGCCACGAUGACCACCAGUCUCAUCAUGAAGAUGAGCAUCACAACGUUGACCACCAUAACGGUGGCGACGGUGAUGGCCACCACGAAGAUGAACAUCACCACGACGGAGGGGACGACGGCCACGGUGGUCAUCACGGUGACGAAGAUCAUGACGGCCACGGUGGCGACGGUGAUGACCACCACGAAGAUGAAACUCACCACGACGGAGGGGACGAUGGCCACGGUGGUCAUCACGGUGACGAAGAUCAUGGCGGCCACGGUGGCGACGGUGAUGACCACCACGAAGAUGAAACUCACCACGACGGAGGGGACGACGGCCACGGUGGUCAUCACGGUGACGAAGAUCAUGACGGCCACGGUGGCGACGGUGAUGGCCACCACGAAGAUGAACAUCACCACGACGGAGGGGACGACGGCCACGGUGGUCAUCACGGUGACGAAGAUCAUGGCGGCCACGGUGGCGACGGUGAUGACCACCACGGAGAUGAAACUCACCACGACGGAGGGGACGACGGCCACGGUGGUCAUCACGGUGACGAAGAUCAUGGCGGCCACGGUGGCGACGGUGAUGACCACCACGGAGAUGAAACUCACCACGACGGAGGGGACGACGGCCACGGUGGUCAUCACGGUGACGAAGAGCAUGGCGGCCACGGUGGCGACAGUGAUGGCCACCACAAAGAUGAACAUCACGACGACGGAGGGGACGACGGUCACCACGUCGACGACCAUGGAACUCAUGAGACGCAUGGAUAGACUUUAUUAUAGGAAAAAAUUAAAUGAGGAUAGUUUCUCGAUCGAGUGUUUCCUUAUGGUUUAUUGUACUGCUCUAAAUUGCUUUGAUAUGAUGUUUAUAAUUAUGACUUACUAUCGAAAUAUAUUUAAAAACUGUUUAUUA